AUGCGCCACACACUUAUCCCCAUCAUCUUGGCCACAGUGGCGUUUGCCGCGCCUGUCAGUGACAACCCCAUGCCGGUACCGGCUCUUGCCGAUUCGAAGCCCGAGGUCGUGAAUACAGAGUCCAACCCCAUUGACUCUGGCUCUGACUCGAAUUCAUACGCGAACACAGACCCCAACCCCGCCGACUCGAGCUCGAAUGACGCAGACCCCGACCUCGCCGACGCCGAGUCCGAGUCCGAGUCCGUCAAGAGAGCCAGCGGCUCGUCCGGAUCCAGCAGCUCGUCCAGCGGCUCAUCCAGCGGCUCAUCCAGCGGCUCAUCCAGCGGCUCAUCCAGCGGCUCGUCUGGAUCUAGCGGCUCGUCUAGCGGCUCGUCUGGCUCGUCUGGCUCUUCUGGCUCCUCUGGCUCGUCUGGCUCCUCUGGCUCGUCUGGCUCCUCCGGCUCGUCUGGCUCCUCCGGCUCCUCCGGCUCAAAAGGAUCCAGCGGCUCCAGCGGCUCCAGCGGCUUCAGCGGCUCAAAGGGCUCGUCCGGUGGGAGCAGUGGCACAGGCAACAGGUCCGGGUCUGGCUCCGGGUCUGGUGGCUCUCGGUCAGGUUCAGGUUCUAGCAGCCAGCCCUACAACCCGGGCCACAAUUAUAACGAUGGCGUCGCCACUGCGCCGAAUAUCAUGAGCGCAGCUGCGGCUGUAGCGCUCGUCUAUGCUCUUGUAUAA